AAUUUAUCAUCUAUCCUUUUAAAUGGCAUCUACAGAAGAAAGUGAGUUUUUAAAUCUAGAUCAGGGGGAUUUCGGAUUUCCAGCAAUCAAAUUUAAUGACGAAAAUAAAGACACUUCAAAAAUUAUGAGUAUAUUUAACCCUUCAGAUAAUUUAACAAAAGAGGAAGAUGAUAUAGAUUUAGAUGAAACCUUGACAGAAAGAUUACUUGGAUUGACUGAAAUGUUUCCUGAAAAAUUACGAACAACUGUGUCUUAUGGCCUAAAAAAUUUAUCAUCUACUAGUAAGGUUCUUUUCCAUCUUACUAGGCAGGGUCUUUGGUUGAUAUUUUCCUCAGCAACUAUAUUGGUUGUUCCAUUGUCAAUUGAAACUAUGCGAACUCAUAUGGAACAAGAUAUAAUUAAACAGCAACAAACAGUUUUACUAGGCCCAAAUGCCCAUAUAUCUAAUUUACCUUUGCACCUACCAUCAAUACCCCCCAAUAUAUCUUGAUAUUCAUAAAAAAAUUUAUUGAAAAUUGUCAAAUAAAUGAAUCAUUUUUUAUUCUCUCCUUUUUUCUUCAUAUAUUCCAUCUUUCUUUCUUUCAUGUAAUCCUGUGAAAUAAAAAUUUAGAAUUAAU